AUGGGGCGUACCCUGUUGUUGAGUUCUCUGGUCAGACCUCUACAGACUUCUCAGAUGGAUCCUAGCCGCAUAUUUUUGUGGAGCAUUUUUCUUCCUGGCUCUCCUCAAGUUGUUUUCCUUUCUUCGCUGUCUUGGGAGUCUUCUUCCUGCUUCCGGACGUCGGUUGAGAGGAAUUCUUCUUCCUUGUCUUCCGGAUGUCGGUUGAGAGAAGGACUUCUUCUUCCUUGUCUCCUUGGUGUUGGCUGGUGGUUGCUCUUCAACAACUGUACCGGAGGCUCUCUGUUUUCCCUUCAUCUUCAACAAGUCAGUCUGUCUCAAGGGUCUCACAUUGCAGCAUUCUUACCAGAGGCCGCUGGGCCUGGAGUUCCAGUUCCAGUGUCUGGAGAGUCCACCUCAGCUCAGCAAUCUCAUGCCGGUUGGCAGUUGUCAGCAGAAGCCGAGGCCUGCCCAUCAUCAGUUCUUUACUCUGAGAUGUUAGAGUGGAAUAAAAAUAUAAAUACUUAUACUAAUUUUCAUGGCUUCUGCUUAAUAUUGGGAUUGUUUUGUUUUGUUUUGGUGGUGAUAGGCUUACCUUACAUUAAACCAGGCCUUAGCCUUUCUGUGGCUUUCUUGUGGCAAAGCCUCAUAUUACUGUCUUGUCUGGUUCAUCAGGACAGUCAGGUCCACACCUGGGGCCGUUUGUUUUCUAUGUUUACCUCAACAUAAGGUACCUUAUCAUUGUCACCCUUCAUCUCCUGAUCCAAAAUAAAAUAAAAUGCCACAGGUUACUUGAUCUUGCA